AUGGUUGAAAUUGUAACAAAUAAUGAAGAAAUAAUAAGAAAUUCAGUCAAUCUUAUUUGGGAAGCAACCCAAGGUCAAGUUGUGACCAUUACUUUUAAUAGCCAAUUGUACUUGGUGACCAUUUCCCUAGAUAACAGCACCAACAUUACUAUAAAUUUAGAAGCACCAAGAGCAAUUAUUAUAAGAGAGAAAUUUUUAGAAAAAUACAUUAAUGACAAUACUAAAGAUAACCAAGGCAUAGAUAAAUUAAUUAAUGUUGUCUCUGGAAUGUUCAAACAGCAAGCUGGCAACAUUGAAAAUGCAAACAUACCUAGUAAUAAAUACACUACUAAUAUUCAGCAUGAAAGUCUUAGCGAUAGUGAUAAUGAUUCACCAGGAUGGUCAGAAUGUGACAAAUGCUAUAGGCUUAAAAAAGAAUUUUGUAAAAUUUGUAGUUGUUCUAUAUGCAAGUGGAAAGGUGUUAGAGGACAUAUUCUCUUGUGUGAUGGAUAUUGUAGUAAAAACUUUCAUACUAG